AUGUCUAAGCCAUUCAACCCCGAGGAGGCGGAGAACCUGGAGGAUAUGGAGAAGCAGUUCGCAGUCAAAGCCGUCGAACACCUGAUGACAUACUGGGCUAUCCUGGAGAAGGUGAAGGGCUCCCAGCUGCGCCUCACCAAGAUGGACGACGAGAUCUACGAAUCCUUCAAGGAGGCAUUCCCCGAGUACACCCCCACCGAUACCCUCAACGAGGACGAGAUGAAGAGCAAGGCCGGCAAGGAGAAGUGGCGCAACUGGAUCAACAAGUUUGAGAAGAAGAUUGACGACUUCAACUUCGGAACCAUGAUUCGCACCCGUGCCGAUGUUGAAUACGACCAGGACACCACCAUCUUCGGUGUCCGCAUGCAGUUCUACGCUGUCGAGAUUGCUCGCAAUCGUGCGGGCCUUAACGACUGGAUCUACGAGCGGUCCCAGAAGGCCAGCGCCUGA